CGUUGGGCGUAUCUACGAGGUUGAUAUCGCUUAUCCCGACAACCUACACGAUGCGCACAACGAUCUCCCCUUUCUACCGCGGAACGCUGUACCCCCGGGCUCAAAAGUGAACAAGUUGAUGGCUACGUUGGAGCGGAAAGACCGAUAUAUUGUACACUAUAGGAAUUUAAAGCAGGCCAUCGCUAAUGGACUGAUAGUGGAAAAAGUUCACAGAGUGUUGGAAUUCCGACAGUCGGCGUGGCUUGCCAAAUAUAUUGAUUUAAAUACCGAGAUGAGAAAGAAGGCGAGUAAUGAAUUUGAACGUGAUUUCUUUAAAUUGUUGAACAACGCUGUGUUUGGGAAGACCAUGGAAUGCGUUCGGAACCGUAUUUCCAUGGAAUUGGUGUCCUGCCCCCGACGCAUGCGAAAACUUAUAAAUAAACCCACCUUCAAACACGUAACCACGUACACCGAGAAUCUGGCCGCCAUAUCCUUGCAAAUGAGUGACAUACGUUUCUCCAAGCCUAUUUACGUAGGGUUCGCCGUCUUGGAAAUAAGCAAGGAGCUAAUGUAUGAUUACCAUUACAAUGUGAUGCGGCGGCACUACAACGAUUCCAUUAGACUGAUGUAUAUGGAUACAGAUUCCCUGGUGUAUCGGGUGAACACCGACGAUUUCUAAAAGGACCUGGUGGACUACCCCGCGCUCCUCGAACGGAUGGACACCUCGAAUCUCCCCACCACACACCCCUGCUACGUCGGUACGCGUAAGAAGAUCCCCGGACUGUUCAAAGACGAAACGGCGGGCCGUACUAUGCAUGAGUUCAUUGCACUCCGGGCCAAAUCUUACGCGUACAAAAUCGAAGGGGAGGAAAAACUCGUGGCCAAGGGGAUUCGAGGGCAUGUGGUCCAAAAUCAUAUGAUGUUCGAGGACCACAAGCGCUGUCUGUUCGAGGUCGACGACGCGGUGGAUGGUUCUGAGAGCGAGGAGGUGGGUGACGACGACGACGACUACACGGAGGACGACUUUGACGAUGACGUGACGCUAAAGGGUGAGGAGCUGAAACGACGUGCUCGUCUGAUGGCCCGAUCGGUCAUCGGCACGAUCCACGGGAAUGCCGCCGCCGCUAUCGCCACCACCAUUGCAGACGUGAAAUUCACUCCAACACCACUUCCUCCGUACACACCGUACACACCGUAUAGGGAAAACGUAUCGAUCCGAUCGUUCGAGCACCGCGUCAAAACGAUUAAGACCAUGAAAAUGACCCUUAAUCGUUUUGACGAUAAACGCGUUGUCGACGACGAUCGGAUACGAAUGCGCGCCUACGGUCAUUACACACUACGCAUGUGAUAUCAUAA